UACACCAGGAAAAACCUCAGAAAUAUGCACAAAGAUAGAAAAAUGAUGAUAUUCUGUCUGCUCUUGGCAGCUAUUAGCAGCCCUGUGUUUAGUGAAGAAUGGAAGGCCACUGUUGUAAAACAACUUGAGGUCCUGGUUUCAUCCUGUGUUGUGGUACCCUGUUCAUUCACCCAUCCUAAAGAGAACCUGCCAGCCUCCAAACUCAGAAAGAUCUGGCAUUCUUCAAAAGGGCGAGAUCAACGCAUCUAUCAUGAAGAUUCCACAGAAAUCUCGGAAAACUUCAGGGGGCGCACAAGGUUGCUGGAGGAAAAGAGUGCUAGCAACUGCACUUUAGAAAUAACUGAAAUUAAAGACCAUGACAAUGGCCCUUUCUGUUUCCGGAUUGAACUAGCACGGACACCGGGUGAUACAUCCACCAUCGACAAGUUCUCCUUUGUUGAAGAUUGUGUUGAGUUCACAAUGCUCAAUGAACCUCCAAAACCUACACUGAUUCACCCAAAGACAGCCAUUCAAGAUCGUCCCUACACUGUCAUGUGUUCAGUAAUCCAUACCUGCCCCUCCAAUGUGCCUAAACUCACAUGGAGUAGGGCAACCACAGACACUGAUGUCAUUGAGGUCCACAGACAAAUUUAUGUUGGCUACUGGGAGACACUAUCCAUCCUGACGUUUAUUCCUGAGGAGAAGGAUGACCACAGAGAGGUCACCUGCACAUCACAAUUUUACGGCCCAAAGACUUCCUAUUCAACACUGACACUUGAUGUAAAAUGUACAGAAACCUUUAACCACAUCAUCAUUCCCACAGCAGUGGGGAUUGGUACCGCUGUGAUCUUUGCACUCUUCUGCAUUUUCAUGGUGAAAAAAUACAAGAAUCGCAUUGCAGAGCUCCAACAACAAGAAGGCAGGCAAGUAGAAAAAUAG